AUGAUGGUGAAGGAAGUGGAAGCGAGGAUGGAUGACGAAAGUGAGGAUGUCGAGAUUAUGACACUUGGAUUUGGGUUGGGGAUGGGGAUAGUGAAGUCUAUAUACUUUCUGGUCGACGAUGCAAUGCCUUCUCUUCAAGUACGUGUGGGAUCCUGUUGAUCGGAAUUGGCUUUGACACCCCUCGAGGAUUACAAGGGUAGUCGAGUACAGAGCCAGGCCAAGCCAGCCUCUCAUCUGCAGAGAGGGACCAGCUUCGGGCAGGGAAGGGGUGGGUUGAUGCUAAAAUUGCGUCCUGCAGGUCGAUGUAGGGGUGGUGUGGAUGUGGAUGUGGAUGUGGGUGUGGGUGUGGGUGUGGGUGUGGGUGGUGGUGCAGGAAGAAGGCGCGGAAUGGUCAUCCAUGACCUGGUCGAGGCUGUCGAAGAUGCCCAUGUCAAUGUGGAUGCAACAUCGCAACUCUAAGUACCAACACGCUCCAUACAAAACGUGCCGCUCGCUAGAGUCAGUAUACUACUGUAUCCAGCUAGGGGUGCGCUACGCUACGCUACUUCCAGCUACUGUCCUUCUCAAUGGUUUCGUCCAAACUUAGCAUCCAUCAACACCCCCACUGGCUAAUUUCUGACUAGAAUUGGACACCGACACCGAAACUACUGUAUUCGACUGCGACUACUCGUACCGCACAGUACUGCUACUGCAUUCCACAAGCGACGGAAGCGACUUCAACCGCGAUGCCGAUAUUGAUGCCGACUACGAGAAAGCGCGAGAGCCCGAAGCGCUGACCUACUCUACAGUACUCGUGUACAGUUACGAGUCGAAAGUAAGUAUCCCAACCUUCAUGCCUCUGCUCGAGGCCUCGGGCUCCGUGCACUGUGACCCCGAUGGAGGUGGUUCUGGUGGUGCUUAUCACCCGGCAGAAGGAUUUUCUUCUCUAGUGGCUGGUGUGGGCAUACCUCUGAAGAACUAA